CAGAGGAAUGCAGAACAAGAUGCGCAUAAAUAAAAACUACCUUCAUGGUGCGCGAGUAGUCAUAGUUACAGCACUCAUAAUCACUUACACAAACAGAAAAUGAAGUUUAUCACCUUCGUACUGGCCGUAGUGGCUAUGCUAGCAGCUUUCGUUGCUGCAGAAGAUCCCAAGGUCACAGACACAGUGUUCUUUGACGUCCAGAUAGAAGGCGAGCUUGAUGUGCGUCGCAUUGAGAUGGGAUUGUUCGGUGAUGUUGUUCCCAAGACAGUGAAGAACUUCGUUGAGCUAGCAAAGAAAGAGAAGGGAGAAGGCUACAAGGGAUCCAAGUUCCAUCGUGUCAUUAAGCAGUUCAUGCUUCAGGGCGGUGACUUUACUCGCGGCGAUGGAACCGGCGGCAAGUCCAUUUACGGAGAUAAGUUUGAGGAUGAGAACUUCACCUUAAAGCACGAAGGACCUGGAUACCUUUCUAUGGCCAACUCAGGAAAGAACACGAACGGGUCCCAGUUUUUCAUCACCACCAUCAAGACUUCAUGGUUGGACGGCCGCCACGUUGUAUUCGGCAAGGUGACCAAGGGUAUGGAACACGUAACUGAUGUAGAGAACAACCCUACAGGUGCACGUGACAAGCCCAUCAAGAGUGUUGAGAUUGUCGACUGUGGUGUUGUUGCUUAAGGGCGAGGUACAUCUUGGAAAAGUAUUUUCGGGCUGGGAGUGUCCAGUGGCGCUUCGAAAGUAGGCAGAACACUAGGAACGUCUGGGGUGUAGACGUAGCUAUCCCCAAUAUUGGAGGAACAGGUGGUGUAUAUAACUUAGGACCGCCUAGUUUCUCUGACUUCAAAUAGCAAUGCAAGUCUAAAUAAAUACAUUGUAUUGUGUCAGUAACAAAUA